AUGGCUGCUGAUGCUAUCACACCAACCACAACAACAAAGCAACAAGAUACAAGUGGGAGCGCCAGCUUGUCAACAACCGAGUCAUUACAAGAAAAGCCUAUAAGUAAGGAUGCUCCCCCAUUAACACCAGGCGAGUGGAAAAGGCUACGCUGGCGCCUUGAUCUACGUAUUGUUCUUCUUUUUGCAUUAUUAUACAUGUGGUCGGCUAUGGAUCGUAGUAACAUUGGGAAUGCCAAGCUUGGCAACAUUUUGGAGGACUUGGAUAUCCCGGAUUCAACAUACAAUGUUGGAAUGUCUAUCUUUUUCAUUGGCUAUAUCAUUUUUCAAGUACCAAGUAAUCUCGUACUCAAGAAAAUAGGUCCCAAUCUGUGGAUGUCAUUAUUGGUCACUUUCACUGGUAUCAUAGUCGCAUGCUCAGCGGCUAUCAAAAAUGGUGCAGGAUUGCUGGCGGUUCGAUUCUUUUUAGGGAUUGCCGAAACAGGCCUUUUCCCAGGUACCGUUUACUAUUUCUCAAUUUGGUAUACUCGUCGUGAACAAGGCAAACGCUUUUCGAUUUAUUAUGCAUCGGCUGCUGUUGCUGGUGCAGUGGGAGGAUUGCUGGCUUAUGGUAUCAUGCGAAUGGAUGGCGUCCGUGGUAUGCAUGGAUGGCAAUGGCUUUUCCUUCUCGAAGCGCUUCCUACCAUCAUUCUUGGUAUUGCUACUUUUUUCAUCUUGCCAGGAUUUCCUAGCACAUCCAAAGCUUUGAAUGAACGAGAACGUGCAUCAUUGAUGAAGCGACUUGAAACCGAUUGGGCGGCUGCGGCUGCUGGCGAAGACGAUACAAAAUCACCCAUGAGUGAAAUACGUGCUGCUUUUACCGAUUGGAAGAUGUACCAUAUGGCAUUUACCUGCUUUUUCGGCUCAUCAGUGUUCUACGGGCUUACGCUCUUCUUACCCAGCAUUGUGCGUGAUAUGGGAUUUGCAAAUUUGGAAGCUCAAGCCAUGACUGUACCACCGUAUGUUAUUGCGUGCAUUUUCAUGAUUCUACUUGGCACGGAUGCAGAUCGACGUGUCGAAAGAGGCUUUCAUGUUGCCGGUUCUUCUUUUGUGGGCAUGCUUGGCUUUAUCCUACUAGCAGCUUGUCAUGAUAAAGGCCCGGUGGCUUUGUAUAUCUUUGCAUGUAUGGCCGUUGCUGGUGCAUACUCUCAAUUCUCGGUCUUCAUUACCUGGGCUAGCAACAAUUUUGCUGGUCGUACCAAACGCGCUAUAGCCACAGCUUUUAUCGCUGCAGGUGGUAACAUUGGUGGUGCUAUUGCUGGCCAAAUUUAUCGUGCCAAUGAUGCUCCCCAAUACAUUCGUGCUCAUUCUGUAUGCGCAGCCUUUUUAUGUUGUCAUGUCAUUCUUGUGCUGUUACUCAAGUACAUGCUUCAUCGCAUCAACAAGCAGCGUGACAACAUGUCCAUUGACAAGUACGAUGCAGCUUGCAAGCGUUAUGAACAAGCAUCCGAUUGGCACCCUGACUUUCGAUACAUCACCUAA